AAAAUAACAAAAGUUUUGCAUUUUUUUACUUAUUAUGAAAUAACCUCUCUUUCAGAGAAUGUCAUUCAUUAGGUUAAAAAGGUGUAUGAAUUAUGAAAUCAUUGAGUUUGAACCAGUUUUACUGUUCAUGUAUAUUUUCUUAUUAGUUUCGAUAUUUCAAGAUCAAUCAUGAAGACAGAAAAAUUGAUAAGCAAUCUAGAAAUCCAACUCUCGGAACUCGAAACUCUUCAGUCUGUGUUCUACAAUCCUGGAGAAAUCAAGUUAGAAGAUCCCACUACUUUAUACGAGAUCAAAGAAUUCAUAGAAAAUACGAGUAACCUGCUACCACCUGAAAUCGACCUAACAAUAAACAUAGAAGUGGAUUCCUUAAAAUUUCAACUACUCGUAAAUCUUUCUCACGAAUAUCCAGAUGUAGCUCCUUCAAUAUUCGUCAGGAACGAGAAACUCAACAGGAUACAGAGCGGUCAACUGAACAAAGACAUCAAGGAUUACAUGGAGAAUUUGGAAAAAGGAGAACCCUGCAUUUUCACUGCCAUCUGUUGGCUGAAAGACAACUCACUUACGUACAUGCAGCUUUCGACUGAAUCGAAAACUUCGAGCAAGAACGUAGAGGAGCCACCCUGUAGACUAUGGAUAUAUUCUCAUCAUAUUUACAGCAAAUUCAAACGCAAGGAAAUAUUAAAUCAGGCACAGUGUUAUAAUCUGAACGGCUUCUGUAUGCCUGGAAAGCCUGGUAUAAUUUGCGUUGAGGGUAAAACCAGCGAUUGUAAUGAUUGGUGGCAACUUAUAAGAUCCAUGCCGUGGAAAAGAAUAUUUUGUAAAGUCACAGAGGAAUUCAAUGGCGAAGAAGAUUUCAAGAAAUUCGAUAAGUUCGAAGAAGUCGGUUUCCAGAGCAGUAGUGCAAGAGGUACUCAUAUGGAUGUAGGCGAACUAUCGAAAUACCUCAAUAAUCAUAAUUGCUUAUAUAUUUUCAAAGAUUUAUUUGGAGUUGAACCUAAAUUAACUAAUAACUAAUAAUAUUACAAACAUUUGACAAAUAUGUUGAAUUCAUUGAGAUUAAUUCAUUUCUUUUUACUUAUUAUCUACUUAUAUCGUAUCAAUUAUUUUCAUGAUCAUCAUAUUAUAAUUAUUAAUAUGAAUUAUAUUAUUUAUAUUAUAAAUCUUCAAUCAAAAGCGGACAGUCCUGAUUUUAGGUUCAAGUAAGUCGUAACACAAGAAUUAUGCUUAGAUCUUUUAACUAUGGAUUCCAUUGACUUCAUUCACUAGAAAACUAUCACUCAAAAAUCUAAUCCUAUUAUUUGCUGGGCUUUAAAUGGAAUUUUUUCAUCAGAAAUGACUGUUUGUUUGGAAUAAAUACUCCUCUUACACAACCUAUUAUAUUAAAUAAUGAAUAAAACGCAUAAAACAUA